AUGAGGAAGGAAAAGAAUUUGGGUAGGUUAGGAAAGGCUAGUGGCCCAGCUAAGACUUUUGCACCCACUCCGUUUGAAUUUAAGGGCAAUUUGGACCUUUCUCAAGCUUCAGCACAUGUGAAAGCAAGUGAAGAUCCCACUAAGUCAAGUCACAGUGAUUUGGCUGACUCGAGAUGUGAAACAGCACGUGUAGUGGCAGCCCUAAACAUGCAAAGUGAUCUUGAGAUGCGGAAAGAUUGUGUGAUGGAGGAGCGCCUUGGAAACCCAAGUGCUGGUUCUCAGCAGGAACCAAGGCAUAUCUCAGGAAACAAAAGGAAAGCAUUAGCAAAAAACAAAGGUAAAGGGAGUGAGGGUUUGGGUAUUAGAAACUCAAAAAGUUCAAAAAGCCAUAAACGGCUUCCUAACAGCGUCGAAGGUCAUAAUGGUCUGUUACUUCUAUCUAGAGAGUUGAGGAGUGAAAACCAAGUAGAAAAUGGAGAGAUUUUUGAUAAGGCUAACACCAAUGCCAAGACCAGGGUGGACAAUUUGGUACAAGAACUGAGUGGUGGCUAUUCCAGAGGAGUUCAUAGCUCAGAUAAGAGCAGUGCCAACGGAAACACAGAGGUGGUUCGAGGAAGAGCUGAAGCAGGCGUGGAAACAUCUGUUUCCCAUAGCUCCAAAGAGCAUCAGAUUAGGGGGUCUUCCUUUGGAACACAAGGCAUGGGCCCUCACACCCAAUCCGUGAUGGAAUUUCCUAACAAAUGUGCCAAGGAUCUCGUAGGAAGCAUCAGAGGAGCUGAGCAGGCAAAGGAGGCCAUCCGUGAUGCCCCAUUGGGACGAAUCUGGAUGGAUCAUUCAAGAGAGGAAGUUGGUGGACUUCAGAGGGAUGGCCAUGGCUCACUUGGGAAAUCACCCAACUUUGAAACUGAUCCAAAUUAUGGCUCCGGUGCAGAGAUGCGAUAUGCUUUUGAGUUGCAGAGAGGACAUCCUAGGCAUCCUGAAACACAUGAUAAUUUGGAAGCCAGACUGGGUGGCAUCCAAGGAUCUGCUAAGAAGAAUGGGGUGGAAGGAGCUUUGAACUCGGACUUCAAGAGGAGGAUAUUUGAAAUGGCAAUCAAUCAUCGACCUUCCAUUUUCGUAGUGACUGAAACGAGAUUGGGUGGAGACAGAGCAACAAAAAUUAUUAAAGGGCUGCCUUUUGAUGGGUCUAUUACUACAAAGACUAUUAGCUAUGCUGGAGGGGUUCUCCAGCAAGCUUGGUCUGAAGAUAGAGCUUUGCAAGAAGCAACUUUGGAGUUUGUAAUUAGAGUUAGGAAGUGGAAUUGUGAAGUUUUUGGAAAUUGGUUUGCUAGAAAGAGGAGUAUAUUAGCUAGACUUCAUGGUGUGCAAAAAGUGCUAGCUAAUAAUCCUAAUGAUUUUCUUUUGGAGUUGGAACAACAGCUGAUUUCAGAGUACUCUCUAACCCUCAUGCAGGAAAAGGAGUAUUGGGCACUUAAAUCUAGUUUAAAUACGGCCACUUUUGGAGACCGCAAUACUAAUUUCUUCCAUGUCUCUACGUUGGUUAGGAGGCAUAGGAACAAAAUCAGAUCUAUUAAGGAUGUGGAGGGUAAUUGGCUGACGGAUGAAGUUGAAAUUAAGGACUACAUCAGAAAUGGUUUUAAAAAUUUGUAUAUGACUGAGUUGAAUAUGACCUCCAUAACUUCGGAUAUCUCGGAUUUUUCUUGCUGUUUUCUGGAUGAGGAGGAUAGAAUUAGAAUCGAUGGGGAUGUGACUGAAGAGGAGAUUAAAGCUGGUUUAUGGGGCCUUAAGCCUUUUAAGGCACCAUGGCCAGAUGGUCUACAUGCAAGCUUCUAUCAACAUUUCUGGAUGGAGGUCAAAAAUUCGUUUUGCAAGGAGGUUAAGGGUGUUUUUGAAAAAGGUUGUGUGCCGAAUUACCUUAAUGAGACAUUGAUUUCUUUGAUUCCCAAGUGCCAAAAUCCAGAAUCCUUAAGCAAUUAUAGGUCCAUUAGCUUAUGCAAUUCGGUCUAUAAAAUUGUUUCAAAGAUUUUGGUGGCCCAGAUUAGACCGCUGCUUGGUAGUUUAAUUUCUUCGGUUCAAGCUGCUUUUAUUCUGGGUAGAAGAGGCAUUGAUAAUGUUCUAAUUGCACAAGAAUUGUUUCAUGCUUUGGAUAAGAAGAAAGGGAAAACCGAUUUUAUGUCUGUGAAGUUGGACUUGGAAAAAGCCUACGACAGAUUAGAGUGGAGUUUUAUUUAUAGAGUGCUCCAAGCUUUCCAUUUUCCUCCAAAAAUUUCUAAGAUCAUCAUGAGUUGUGUUACAUCCACGAGUACCUCUAUUUUGGUUAACGGAGGUGCCUUAGAGAAAUUUGAGCCUACUAGGGGCAUUAGGCAAGGGGACCCUUUGUCUCCGUAUAUUUUUAUCCUAUGUAUGGAGUAUUUGGGGCAUCUCAUUGAGCAAAAGUGUGUUAGUGGAGGGUGGACACCUUUAAAGGCUUCAAAGAACGUUGGUUUUUCCCAUCUCCUCUUUGCGGAUGACAUCAUCCUUUUUAGGAAGGCUAAUGUUAUUGGAUGUGAAGCAAUUUCAGAUGUGCUUGAAAAAUUUUGUAGAGAAUCUAGCCAAAAGAUUAGCCAUGACAAGUCUGGAAUUUAUUUUUCUCCUAAUGUAAAUGAUGAGUUGAAGGAGGAAAUAAGUGAAAGAUUGGGUGUUAGGGAGACCAAUAACAUAGGAAAAUACCUCAGGUUUCCUCUUAAACACCGAAGGGUACCUAGAAACCCAUACAAGUUUAUUGUAGAAAGGGUUAUGAGUACACUUGCUGGAUGGAAAGCAAAAUUUCUCUCUUUUGCUGGUCGGGCUGUUUUAAUAAAAUCUGUCAUGUCAGCUGUCCCAAAUCAUAUAAUGCAAGGGGCUGUCUUACCAGCUCAUGUUUGUGAGAAGUUGGAUAAGAUUAACCGGGAUUUCUUAUGGGGGUCAACAAAUGAGAAAAGAAGAAUGCACAUGGUGGGUUGGAGCAAGAUUGUAAAGUCUAAAGAAGAAGGUGGAUUGGGAAUUCAAGAGGCAAGAGCUAAGAACAUAGCCUUGUUAUCCAAAUUGAAUUGGAGGAUGUAUCAUGAAAAAGAUGAAUUGUGGGCGAAGGUAAUUCUAAAUAAAUAUUGCUCCCAUUCAAGAAUUAGAUCAAGGGAUCCUAAAAAACUUCCAUCGUCUCCCAAUUGGAAAGCCAUUCACUUGGGUUUCCCUAUAUUCCAAAAAGGGAUUUCUUGGGGGAUUGGUAAUGGAUCUGGAGUAAAGGUGUGGAGAGACAACUGGAUUAAUGGUGAUUCUCUUAGGGAUAUGAUUGAAGGGCCUCUUAGGCAAGGAGAACAAAAUUUGACAGUUGCAAAUCUGUGUUGUGGUCAAAUUUGGAAAUGGGAGCUGAUUUCAUUUGAUCUCCCUCAGCCCAUUAAAGAAAGGAUUAAAGCAGUCCCAAUUCAAUUACAUGGAAGUGGGAGAGAUACUUUGAUGUGGAAAUUCUCCAAUAAUGGAGAAUUUACUUCUAGUUCAGCCUACCGAUUGGCAAAUCAAGGGGAGGAACCUGUCACGCAAUUUCAUGGCCUUUGGAUCUGGAAAUUAGAUAUUUUGCCAAGAAUUACAAAUUUCCUUUGGCUGUGUUUGCAUGGUAGUAUUCCAGUGAAGGAUGAAACUGUAGUCCACCUUUUUCGUGAAUGUGUUGUUGCUCAUGAUUUAUGGAGGAAAUUGGAGGUUCCUCCGUCUCUUGUUAGUUCCUUCACUGAUAAUUUUGAAGUUUGGUUGAAGAUCAAUUGUUUAAGUGAAGUAAGGCAUAAAGGGUCCACUCCUUGGUGCUUUCUUUUCCUUUUUGCUGUUUGGAAUUUGUGGAAAAACAGGAAUAAAGUUAUGUUUGACAACUCUAUUCCUAACACCAUGCUUGAUAGGGUGUGUCUUGGUCAAGCUAAGGAAUAUUUUUACUGUGUUAGUAAAGCCAAGCAAGUCACAUCUAGGACUAUUAUCCCUAUUAAAUGGUGCAAGCCUAAUCCGGGUUGGCACAAACUCAACACAGAUGGCGCUUCGAUUGGAAACCCAGGCAGAGCUGGUGGUGGAGGUCUAAUUAGAAAUAGUGAUGGAGUGUGGAUUAGGGGAUACUCAAGAUCAAUUGGGUACACUACAAGUGUUAUGGCUGAAUUGUGGGCCUUAAGGGAUGGGUUAUCUCUUGCUAUUCAGCUGGGAAUUAGUAAUUUGGAAGUGGAACUUGAUGCCAAGGUGAUAGUGGAGAUGUUAAAUAAUGCUGACAGCUCUAAUAAAAAAUUGUCUCCAUUGCUUCUUGACUGCAGAUCUCUCAUGGCAAGCCUCACACAAGUUCGAGUAGCUUAUGUGUUUAGAGAGGCGAACAAGUGUGCUGAUUACUUGGCUAAGCAUGGGUGCUACAUGAGGGAGGAUUUUGUUAUUUUUUAUGUUUCCCCCUCUAAUGAAUUAGAUGGUUUACUUGUAUUUGAUAGAAAUGGUUUGUACAGUUAUAGGCGGGUUAUCUCUACUUUGGCCUCUGUGGCCAGUUUGUAG